AAGGUUAACACUGCCGGGUUAUGGCAGUUUCCAGUUGCUGGGCUGCGGAGCGAGUUGACCUCAGCCCGACUUCUCAGCUCUAGCGGCCGCAGCUGCGGGUCGCUGCCUACCUUGUAGCUUUCCUCCGGGAUUCUCCGUCUCCGCCCAGCCCAAGGGUGUCCCCUCCGUCCCUGCCCCUCCUACCUGUGCCGGGAGUCAGAGGGAGCCAGGGUCGGGGCCGGGCUGCGUGGGAGCGGCUCGGCUUGAGAGGAUCCCUGGCCUCGGCAGCUGUGGUAGCAGCUGCCCAGAUGUGCGUCCACUGACGCCUGCCCUCGGGGCGCGGGAUCGCCGGCGGGGGGCGGCGGCUGCGCCAGGGGAGCUUCCCUCGGCUCCGGCUCCGACUCCGGCGGCGGCUCCCCGGCGCUCCCAGCGGGGAUCAUGCACUUGAGUGGGCCCAGGAAGGGAGGGGCAGCUAAGAGAGAAAAAAGGGAAGGAGAAGAAAAGCAGGAGAAACCGGGAGGAGGAGGAGGAGGAGGAGGAGCCCUUCCCCUUCGCGCCCCCGCUCUGGGGCCCGAGCUGCCGGACGGCCCCCAGGCUUAUGCUUCUGACCUGGGGCCCUCCGGCAUCUCUCGGGGGCCAUGAUUCGGUUGGGCUGGUCGCUCGGCUGGUCCCAGGGCCGGGGCACCUGCAGGAGCCCUAGGGCCCUGGUCCGGUCUUCCUCCUCCCGCAGCCCGGCGCGGGGCAGGCCCCUGCGGGUGCUCGUGGACAUGGACGGGGUUCUGGCGGACUUCGAGGGCGGCUUCCUGAAGAAGUUUAGGGCUAGGUACCCGGACAACCCUUACAUCGCUCUGGAGGACCGGAGAGGCUUCUGGGUUUCGGAACAGUAUGGACAGCUGAGACCCGAGCUGAGUGAGAAAGCCAUCAGCAUUUGGGAGUCAAAGAAUUUCUUUAUUGAACUUGAACCUCUACCAGGGGCUGUGGAAGCUGUGAAACAGAUGGCUCGCUUAGAAAACACAGAUGUGUUCAUCUGCACAAGCCCCAUCAAGAAAUAUAAGUACUGUCCUUAUGAGAAGUAUGCCUGGAUAGAGAAGCAUUUUGGUCAGGAGUUUUUGGAGCAAAUUGUGCUCACACGGGAUAAGACUGUGGUCUCUGGAGACCUGCUUAUAGAUGACCGACCAGAUAUAACAGGGGCAGAGCCAAACCCCAGCUGGGAACACAUCCUCUUCACCGCCUGCCACAACAAACACCUCCAGCUGCGGCCACCCAACAGGAGGCUCCACUCAUGGACUGAUGACUGGAAGGCAAUCCUGGACAGCAAGCGCUCUUGACCACACUGGAUCUUCCCUCCUUAAAGGGACACGCCCCCUGCUUCUCUGGGAUAUGGAAGAUGUCCUAGGCCUGGUGUCAAGUGCUGGGGUGGGGUGGG